AUGAACUCCCUGUCCAAGCGUAUUAGAAAGAUCAAGAAAACCCCUAAGGUGACCUAAUUUGAAGAUUCCGAUGAUCCUCAAUAAUUCACAGCGUGCAUCGCAAACCUCAAUUAAAUUGUGGCUGAAGAUCAAUGUUUCUCUAGUUUCACUAUUUUCUAGUCAAACAAAUCAUUGAUGGAAUACUUGCGACACAACAAUCCCUAAGUGGUUAUCAAUGCUCUCAAUGCAAUCCAAAAUGUAUUACGUAUUAGUGAUAAUUUUGGUUCUGAAGUCAGAGAUCAAUUCAAAGACCUAGGCUUAUUGGGCAUCUUAUUAUUAUUCCCCAUCCAAGAGAACACCUUGUCAAGUUACUUGAACUUGGCAAUUGAAAUUUUUGAAACUUGGGACAUAACCUUGUUAAUGCCACUUUAUUAAAGAAUUUUGCCAAUUUUAGAUACUUGUCUACAGAAAGUUUAUAAUGAAGAUAUCAUAUCAGAAGCAUUAAACUUGUUACAAGUACUAACCGAGAUACCUUAAUUUAAUUUAAAGAAGAUAAAUGUAGACUAAAUAUUCUAACAUGACAUUAUUAAAUAAUUACAUUUUGCCAACCAAAUGAAACUAAAAGCACUGACUCUUCAAACAUACUUGAACAUCGAUAGAUUAGACAAUGAAAUGUUUUCAUUAAUUAAUGAAGUCAUCAGAAUCAACAUCUUCUAAGAAUUGGACAAUAUCGAAUCAUUUCUAUAGAAGCAAGUGACUAUGGAGGAAGAAUCUGAAUUUAAAUAAGAUGAAAGACUACUUAGUACACUUCAAAUUUGGAAAUGCUCAGCUCAAUCUAUCAUCUAAGUAUUGGUUUAUUUAAAUCGAAUUUAUGAGGAAGAUAAUGAUGAUCAAUAUGUGAAUAAUUAAAAAUUCUAAUAGUUCUUCUAAAAGAAUAUCAUAGUUGAAUUAGAAGAAUUAGUAUUAAAGAAUUUCUUCAAUUACUCUGGAGUCAUUCAAAAAAAAUUAUUUACUGAUCAAACCACUUUCACCGACGAAUUAUUGAGUCUAACUCUAUUGAUUUUUAAUUUAGGAAAUAAUUUAUUAGCCAAUCUCUAACCAUUAGUUUGUUUAUAAACAUUAGAGCCUAUUCUACCCUAAAUUUAAGCAAUACUUCAAGUAGAUAUAAUCGCAGAUGAGGAUAAAAAAGAACUUGCUUAAUCUGAAUUUUUACUGUUGAUAAAGUUAUUAAAGGUGAACCCACAACUGGUGAUGCAAAUUCCUCCUUAAUUUAUUGUACAUUUGUGUGAAUUGACUGAUACUACUGAUAUAUUAUUUCACAUCAUAGAAGUCAUGAAAAUUAGGUAUUCAAGCAAAGUCAAAAAUGAUAUUGAAACCAUACGCUUAGUUACAUAAAAGUUACUUAAGUUAAUGAACUAAUCCAACAUUAUGUUGGCUGCUUAGGCUUUGGAUUGUCUUUUUGACGUGUAUACAGAGGAAGACUUCAAUGCUCUUUUAGUGGAAAUGCAGAUUCUUGAAUUGUUAUCGUAGGGAUACUAAUAUUUAUAAUCGCAAUUGCCACAAGAGAAGAAGACUUUAGCAAAGGAUGAUUGGAAGUUCUUGAAACUGACAGUUACCAAUUUAAAGUAGUUUAUUGAAUACAAAAUAAAAAUCAUAAAGUGA